CCUCUGUGCCGACUCAUGGAAACAAUGAAAGGUAUUGUUGCAGCAUCUGGCAGUGAGACUGAGGAUGAGGACAGCAUGGACAUUCCCUUGGACCUUCCUUCAUCCUCUGGCUCAGGCAAGAGAAGGAGAAGGGGCAACCUGCCCAAGGCGUCUGUGCAGAUUCUUCAGGAUUGGCUGUAUGAGCACCAUUACAAUGCCUAUCCUUCCGAGCAAGAAGAACCACUGUUGUCCCAGCAAACACAUCUGUCUACACUACAGGUCUGUAACUGGUUCAUCAGCGCCCGCUGCAGACUUCUUCCUGACAUGCUGAGAAAGGAUGGCAAACAUCCAAAUCAGUUCACAAUUUCCCGCCGUGGGCCCAAGAUUUCUGAAACAAGCUCUGCAGAGUUGGUGAUGGGCAUCAAAAACUUCAUGCCAGCUCUAGAGGAGACCCCGUUUCAUUCCUAUACAGCUGGGCCAAACCCAACCCUAGGGAGGCCACUGUCUCCUAAGCCGUCUUCCCCAGGAUCAGUCUGGGCUCAUCCAUCAGUGAUCUGCCAUACCACUGUGACUGCACUGAAAGAUGUCCCUUUCUCUCUCUGCCAGUCAGUUGGUAUGGGACAAAACACAGAUAUACAGCAGGUAGCGGCCAACAACUUUACAGACACCUCUCUCAUGUACCCAGAGGACAUGUGUAAAUCUGGACCAAGUACUGACACACAAAGUAGUCUUUUCAACACUCCUCCCCCUACUCCAACGGACCUCAACCAGGACUUUAGUGGAUUUCAGCUUCUAGUGGAUGUUGCCCUCAAACAGGCUGGAGAGAUGGAGCUUCAGGCGAAACUUACAGCUUAA